AUGAAGUCUGAUGGGUUAGGAGCAGCUGGAUACAAUGCUGCUGCCGGCAGGGUUACCUCUAACAAGGCUACAAAAACAAAUGUUUCCAAGGGAAAGGACAGCAGCAAAUUGGCUAAGGAUGCCAAACCCGCUGACAAGAACUUACCUGCAAAAACAAAGGCGACUGCAAAGGCACAGCCUGAAAACAAUGGCAGAGAAAAAGCAGAAGGCUCUGCUGGCAGCAGAGGUGAUACUCCCCCUUUGUCUGCAAACGGACCAAAAAAUGUGCCAAGUGGGAAAGGAAUCAAAGAUCAAGAUAGAAAAAUAAAUCUGGGUGCCAGGUCCAAAGCUCCUGCCAGCGUCUCUGCUGGUCAGAUUAAAUCAGCCAAGCCUGCAAAGACGUCUGUGGGAAAGGAGCCCCCUCUGGCACACAAAGAAACAAGCCCCCCCAGCAAGCCUGAACCCAUGAGUACAGGGGCAUGCUCACAGGCUGCUGGAAGUGGUGCCCAUCUCAGGAAGGAGAAGACAGCUGGGGAAGGAGACAACAGUGACAUAACAUCAGGGAGUGCUUCCCCGCAGAACAGCUCCAGCAGCCCAAGAGAUUCAACCACGGGUACAAGACCAAAGAUUUCUGUGAAGUCGGGCAGCAGGACCUCUGUCCAGAGGAUGGUUGAUUCAACUAAAACAAACGGUGUGGCAAGCAAAGCAACAGUGAAAGACAGCAGCAAAAUAAAACAACCAGCCCUUUCAAAUAAAACAGCAGAUGGGAACACUGCAUUGAAAACUGAGAGGAGAGUGAAGAGCACUCCAGCAGCUUCUGCGGAAAAUCAUGGACUAAAAACUGUGGCAGCAAGUGCAAGAAAGCCUGUCUCGCCGAGAAAAGAUGAGACCAAGCAAGCUACAAAAGUCUUGACGCCAAACAAAACACUUUGUGACGCUCCAUUGGAAUCUACAAAGAAAAAGACGUAUAAGCAGUCGAGUGCAGCAAGGACAGAGUUAAAAACCAACUCAAGACCAGCAAAGGUUGCUGCUGGAAGUUCAAAGCAUACCGUUGCUGGAAGCAAGAGUGUACCAAAGCAGAAAAGUACCUCUGAACAGCCAGCAUUAAAGCUGACAUCUAAAUCAUUAGGAUCGGAAAAACAAGCUCUUUGUGGUCUGAAGAAACCCGCAUCAAAAACCAAGGAAGCUUCUAAUGAAAAAAGUUGUACUUCAAAAAGUGCCGGGCCCAAGCAAAACACUCCCACAGCUGUCAAAGGUGAAACUUCAGGAGGCAGUCAAUUAGUGACAGCUGUCUGCACUGAGGAGCUCAACUGCUCUCAGCAAUCGGAAUCUACUGGUGGUGCACAACAGAAAAUGGAACAGUCCGUUGCAGCUUCAGCUUCAUGCCAGCAACCUGACAGAGUCAGAUUUCAUCAAAGCUUAGAAAACAGUGUGCAUAAUUCUGAACCACUAACGGAUAAGGAAGAUUUGUGUAUUCCCAGGAAGAGCAAAAAUGAACCAUCAGUAGCAUUAUUGCAUGACAAAGAGGAUUCCAACGAUUCAGCAUUUAAACGCACAAGGGACUCAAGCCAGAUAUGCUCAGUUUUAUCUAAGGAGAGUGUGAAUCUUGGUAGUCAGCUUCAGGGUAAACAUGCACCACAACCUUCACCUCCAGCAAAGUCAGAUACUGCUACAGCUCAUGAGACUGUCAAAAAGGAGGCUAUGGCAUCGGAUGAAACCAAAAACUUUGCAAAGGUAGUUUUAGAAGAUUUUACUGGUGCAUGUAAAAUCACCGAACAGUCAAGCACAGCUAUUAAUGUUAACCCUUCUACAACAGGGUGUGUAGUAUCAUCCAGGUUCUGUACCAGUCAAAUACAGCCAUUAUCGCUGAAUUCUCCCAAGGAUGUGGUUACUGUGGAAACCCCAGAGAGUCACGAGGACUCCGAAAUGCCUCAUGAAGACCCAUGGAAUACACUUCAUCAGAGAGGCAGCCCCGAGUCUGACACUGGGAGUGUCACCACCUCUUCCGAUGAUAUAAAACCCAUGUCUGAAGAUUAUGAUGCUGGAGGAUCCCAGGAUGACGACGGUUCCAACGAAAGAGGGAUUUCAAAAUGCAGCACAAUGUUGUGCCACGAUUUCCUUGGAAGAAGCAGCAGCGACACCAGCACACCGGAGGAGCUGAAGAUGUAUGAUACUGGCUUGAGAAUAGAGAUCAAACUUAAAGAUAAGAAGUCAUCGGCAGAACCCUUUCACAGACGCUCGAUGAAUAACGAUGACAAGGGCAGGAAGAGGACACAGGCGUGGGCUCACCAGGAGGAGGUACUCAUGGAGGACGAGGCCUGUGAAGAGGAGACGACCGCCAUAGUCAAGAAUGCUCCCGAGCAGCAGCUGUCCUCCUCGGAUGAAGAAACUGAGGACGAGAGAUCAGAGGCUGAAAUCCCAGAAGAAAUCCUUGCUCCGCCAGACCCUUCCCCUCACCACUUUCAAGGCUUCGUCAACCUGGCAUUUGAGGAUAUCGCUGAACAAGAGAAUGAGGUCCCGGAGUUACAGUCUGCUUCGAGUUUCAGGCGUUCUGUACUGCUGUCAGUGGAUGAAUGCGAGGAGAUGGGAUCCGAAGAGGGCGGAGGACAGACCCCACCUUGCCACCUUGCAGACUCCCUCACUCCUUCAGAAGUGUUUGAAGGGGCUGCUUGUGAUCGUUCUGAGCCACGGGGUAAAUCCUUCUACUCUAGAUACCCCCUGGAAUUGGAAGAAGGUUAUUUGGAUGGGGAUAAAGAGAAAGAUAAUGAACUAGUUAAAAAGGGCAACUGUCAGUCUGGCCCUAGUGAUAAUCCUCCUGGCGGUAAGCCACAGGUUGACAUUGAGAAAAGUGAAAGCACUGUCCCUCUUACUGAGAAUGAAACAGGAAAGCCCCCCAUCCUGAUAGAAGGUAAUAAACUGCAUGACACCCCCAGUGAUCCCCCAGCACCAGCAAGUGACGUUAGACCCCAAGAAAGACCUUGCCACUUGGAUCUACACCAGAUUGAGAAAUACCAUGAUAAUGGGCUGUGGAAAAACUCUACAGAAGCCCUGGACUGUAGGAAAACUGAGUUGCGUCUUAACUUGCAAGAACAACAUGUGAAAGGGAGUUCUUUGGUGUCAAGUGAACAGAAUGUUUCCACCUUACCAGCAGGAGACUUAGAUGAUUGUGACAGAAUGGAACAAACCUGCACUUCUGACUGCCGACCUUCAAAAUCCCUUUCUCCGAUAUUCGAGAUGGAUGUUGGGGAAGCCUUUGAACAAAGCGCAGCCAUGGAAACGUGCAUUGUGGACACACAAGGGGACGAAGACAAUCACUUUGCAGAAAGGGACUGGACGCUUCUUAGGCAGCUGCUUUCCGAUCACGACUCCAGUUUAGGUAUUAUAAACUCUGCUCCAGAGGACCUGAACCUUGCCCAGUAUCUCAUAACCCAGACACUUGUCCUCUCACGUGACAGUCUGAACUCUCAGUGUAAACUGCCUGUGGAUAAGGAUACCUUCAAGAAGUGGGCCGAACUAAUGUCCCCGUUGGAGGAGUCCACAGCCAGUAUUACAGUCACCAGUUUUUCACCAGAAGAUUCAGCCUCCCCCCAGGGAGAAUGGACAAUCGUCGAACUUGAAACGCAUCAUUAA